CAUCUGAUAACUGUCACUUUCAUUUGUAAACAAAAUUCGUGAAAUAUUCCAAUUUGCAUUAAGCAGGCCUUGCUUUCCGACCGGCAAACUUGAUUUCUGUGUAAAAUUUAAACAAUACCCGUGUAAUUUAAAAAGUUUACCUAAGUAACCGUCUUUCUGUGAGUGUUAAGUGUAUUUCGAUUAGUUUCGGCGCGCGCGAUAAUGGAAAACAAGCAAUCUACUCCGAGUACAACUGCUGCCAUUGAUAUGGACUACAUAACGUUGAUAAGCGAUGAAUCUGAUAACGGUGGUGGUAACGAAGACAGCUCCAAACUUCGCACCCCAAAAAUCAAAGACGACGAAGAUUCCAAUGAUAUUUCGAAUGCAGACGAAAGGCGUACAAGUCGCCGACGAAAACCAAAGGUUGAAUACUAUGUAAAUAGAACAGCUGGAGAUGGCAUGGAAAACAAACCAUCCUCAGAACGCCGUGCUGAUGGCUUAAACAAGCCCAAGAAGUCUGAUUACUCUCGCAGUCCCCAUCCAAAAGACAUCAUGGAUGUGCGUGAAGCAUCUGCAGCUGCCGCCGAGGCAUACAAAGAGAUCCUCACUGGGUUAGAAGGAGCCGCCUUCCAGUCCCGAAUUCCAUUUGACAAGAUGACCUCAGCUGAAGCCGCCUGCUUCACUGACAUCACUAAAACUGGACUCGUUGCUCAACGCGUCUUCCUCAACAUCCGCAAUCGCUUGCUACAGAUGUGGAUCGAAAAUCCAAAGCAGCAAUUGAUUUUGGAGAAUGCUCUCAAGGACAUGGAACCUCCAUUCGAUAGUGACCCGAAUUUGGUGAAACGCGUUCAUGCCUUUUUGGAACGUCAUGGAUUCAUCAAUUUUGGCAUCUUCAAGAGACUUCAGCCCAUUCCGACGAAAAAAAUCGCCAAAGUUCUUGUUAUUGGCGCUGGAAUCUCUGGCCUUGCUGCUGCCCAGCAACUGCAGCAGUUUGGCAUGGAUGUGAUUGUGUUGGAGGCACGAGACCGAGUUGGCGGCAGAAUCGCCACUUUCAGGAAGAAUAACUACAUCGCAGAUUUGGGCGCGAUGGUAGUCACUGGAAUCUGGGGCAAUCCGAUGACUAUUCUAAGCAAACAGACAGGGAUGGAAAUGGUGCCCAUCCGACAAGCUUGUCCACUCUACGGAGCUGGCGGAAAACCAGUCCCGAAGCACAAAGAUGAUAUGGUUGAACGUGAAUUUAACCGUCUUUUGGAAUCAGCAAGUUACCUUUCCCAUCAGCUGGAUUUUAAUUAUGCUGGCAACAACCCUGUCUCGCUGGGACAAGCUUUGGAAUGGAUUAUUAAAUUACAAGAGAAGCACGUCAAGGACAAACAAGUUCAACAUUUGACUAAUGUGACAAAUGCUCAAAAGAGCAUAAUUGACAAUCAAAAUAAAGUUGCUGAAUUGUCGGAGAGAAUUCAAGAAUAUAAAGCAACUGUGAAGCAGUUGAGUAAGACUCGGCCUGCGAAGACACCAGAAACGGAACAAGCUUGGAUUGAUCAUGAGUUUAAAAUUAAGAAUACUCAAUAUGAAUGGAAUAAGGCUUUCAAGGAGUUGGAAGCUUUAAAUAAGGAGGAAGAAGUGCUGCAGGCCAAGUUGAAGGAGAUCGAAAUGAAUCCACCCAGUGAUGUUUAUCUCUCAUCGAAGGACCGUCAAAUUUUGGAUUGGCAUUUUGCAAAUCUUGAAUUUGCUAAUGCAACACCAUUAAGCAAUUUAUCUCUGAAACAUUGGGACCAGGACGAUGACUUUGAAUUUAUCGGCAAUCAUACAACAGGUAAGUGUUGUGGAAAAAAAAAAAUAAAAAAACAAAAACAGAAGUUGACACUUCUUGAAUUAAGUGCAUCUCGCGUGUGCCCUUUUAAUAUUGAUAUUGAUACAAUUAAGACCUUUUUUCCCACAAAUACCCCGCAGCGGGCAUAA